GCAUGAAGGAACUAUUAAGUUAUUAACCAAUCUGAUGCGUUUCAUAUACGAUUAUAUACGAUUAGCCAAUCAAAUGCGUACUGACGAACGAAAUCACAGGCUGCCAACUCCAAUAUAUCAACUCAAUAUUGCAGGGCUCCGCAAUAUUCAAUAAGCUGUCUGUUUUUGUUUAGGUUAUAGUCCUUUUGACCCGUGAGGAAGUCGAGAAUGAAAAUUUAAUGGGCUAUGUAGAUGAUCAUAUCCAUUUAACACUUGCAACCGAUAGCCAUGCAACCGUUGAUCAACUUGCCGAAAGUCUUCACAACAAUUUGCGGUUAAACAACAACCGUACAGUACGUGUGAGAUAUAAUGACAGAGAAAUAGAGUCAUUCACCGACGCGGCGAGACAGAUGUCUUUCUUGCCUACAUUACCCGAAGCGGCUGAAGUAAUGCGUCGUGUAUUGCGAAAUGAAACUCCACAACCAGAUACCCCAGAAGAGGAGGAUGUAGGGUUAAUCUCGUCAGUUGAUAUCACAGCUUUGGACGAGGUUACACCACGUCAGUGCGAGAGAAUAGUUAGGAGAUCAUUGGCUCGAAAUGGGCUGGAGGCUCGAGAAGCUCGUGACCCUCGUGACAAUGAAAUGGAAUAAUGUGACAUUUUUACAAUUAACGUUCGUCUUCUCACGCUGCUCUUGCGAGGGGUUGUUUAAAUGGAAGCCGGGCUGGUCCGGUUACCAGAACAGGUUGGUAGGCGAGAUACAGAGUAUCAUAGUUUACCUUGCGUUUAUAUGGAAAAUUGGACUAGCCCGGUUGCAUAGAUUUCACUUUAAACAGACGAGAUCUCUGCAGCCACAGGUUGAAAAUUCUACCACAUACUAUCAAACACCGAGCUGGCCCGGUUGCCGGGAUGAAAGUACAAAAACAAACCGCCGCCUGCUUGACAAAACAUCCAAAUCGUUUUAACAAGCUUAAGUAGGAUGAAAAUUCUCAUUAAGCCCCAGUGAAACGAGGAUGAGAGAAGACGAGAAUUGCAACCUUGCUCGGGUUUGACUGACAACUCUUAUCAACUUUCACGCACUCUCAUCAACUAUUAUCAACUUUGAAGUCGUUCAAAAUUUUUUGCUCCUUUGACUGGUAAUAUCUAGCCUGCUCUCGUGCAAAUCUUGUUCACGUUUGACCGGGACAUACUGUAAGAGUUGAGAAAACUCUUUUCGAACAAUUCUCAUCAACUCUUAUCUUCGUUUGACCAGGGUUUUCGCAUGUCAAUAUUUGUCUCGCUUACCGGGCCUGCUCGGAUUUUUACAGUAUAAACAACCUCUGAGAUUACGUUCGCACAAGACUGGGCGAUUUCGGAUUUAUUAUAAGUAAACGCAUGCUUUAAGGGAAAUUAGUGAUUAAAUGACCCCGCAAACCGAGGGAAGUUUAGUAAAAGUCUGAGGGCGUAGCCCGAGGAACUUUUACCAAACCUCCCGAGGUUUGCGGGGUUAUUUAAUCACUAAUUUCCCUCAAAGCAUGUGUUUAGUUUGUAAUUACAUGGUAGCCGAAGGAAUCACGCGUGUUGUGUUGGUCUCUUUUGAAUGCUGUUUGAUUGUCUUAUGAUUGUGGGAUGAACACUUUUCAUAUAUACGCACGCGCAGAAACACAUCUCCGUGUUCAUCCUUUUUAGGCAUGCGCAUAAACGGAAUUUUCUCCCACAAUUGAAAUGUUCAAGAUUAAUUGCGGAAUAAAAACUGGCAAAGUGAUUGACAUGAUUGUUAGUGUGUGUACGGGACGGUGUCGUCAGACACUGUCCAUAGUUG